CCUCGCUGUCGCCGAAAGCUGCCUCUUUCCAUCCACCCAUCGAAUACGGACACGCCAUCCCCCUACCCACUACGGAAUAGCCGCCUAUCCCAGGUCCACGACCCCAGCUUCACUCCCUUGCAUCUCAACCGUUUGGGAAUUCUCUGUCGAAAGCUUUGCACCAUCUGCCGGACAAGCUUUCCCCGUCCAUCGAUGCUCUGGGACUCCGGUCCACCCACUCUGCUCCAUCGACUAACCUCCCGCCUCGCAACUCUUUUCUGGCUUCAGCUGUAGAGCGUUCUGCUUCAGAAAUCUUCUAUACGGCCAUAUUGUUGUCAGUCUAGUGCUGGCCGCUGCUUCUCUCCGAACGAAAGCACUAGACAUGAGCGCACCAGCCUUCCAUAUCCUGGCGCGCCUGUGAAGAACUGCGCUGACCCCUCAUCCAUCAUGUCUCCAGGGUCUGUGGGAGACCGUAACAGCCGUCCAAAACGCAACAAGACAGAGUUGGCCUGUGACACGUGUCGCAAGCGGAAGUCCAGGUGUGAUGGUCGGCGUCCCUCUUGCUCUCACUGCGACAACAUGGGACUCGAUUGUAUCUAUCGUCCCCCUUUGACCAGCCUGGAGACGGAUGCAUCCGUUCUCACUCGACUCUCCAACAUUGAGACGCGCCUAUAUGCCCUUGACCAAGGUAGAACAGAUCUGAGUCUCGCGUCUACUCCUGCUCAAGAACCUCUGGUUAUCAAGACCUGGCCACAGGCGCCGAAAUUCCACCACGCUGCCGCUCACAAAAUGUUCAACUACUGGGCAAACCUGCGGACCAAGCUCGAGGAUAUUCCCGGCCUGGAGCCGCUCACAUACGUCUGCCGGGUAGACGACAAUGAUACGGGGCUCUUUAGUGCUAGCUUCGAAUCCCCAGUUCUUGCAGAGAUUCCUAUUUCCGUCGUGGUCAGAGGUAUCGAAUCCUUGUUUGCAAGCAUGGAGGGCUUGCCUUUCAUCUUCAGACAUCUCUUCUUGUACGGAGGACUGUCAAAGGAAGUAUGCCUCGACGUGUUUCGCCGAUAUUUAGAGGUACCCCCAGGUCACGACAUCAUCCCCACCUUCAAGUCGCAACCUAUCGAGCAGCUCGUUGUCCAGGCCAUCGCUCUCAAGCACAUGGCCGUUGUUGCAGGGGAGAGAAUGUUGGGUGACCACGCAGAUCUCUCCUUCCGACAAGCACUUCAACAAAUGUGGGUAGUGCAAACCUUGCAAAACCCACGAGCACUACCCUUCAGAUUCUUGUUGGUCAUAAUGCUGCUCUAUCUGUAUGGGAGACCUUAUCAUGCGUUGUCCAUCCUGCAGACUCUUGAACCCCUCGUUUACCACACCGCCCCGAAAGAAAACGAUGACCCGGCUGUCAAAGCUCAGUAUGAGGCCUGUUUAUAUCAGUACUUUAUCCUGGAAAGCGAUAUCCUGAGCGAAGUAGAUGGUGUACCCUCGGAGCGUCUGCAUACAGUCAUCGUUGCGGCAUUGACUCAGAACAGAGCGGUGGCCCACCCUAAUGUAUUUGGGAACGAACUGGUUGCGGCACCCGUGGACAACCAUCAAUCUCAAGAGAUCCGGGCGCACUUGCAGCUCAGAGCCUACAUGAACACCAUUCUAGAACACAUGUACAACGUCGAUCGAGCCUAUUGCCGGCCAUCGCAGGUUGCAGCGGUCGUUACCGAUAUUGCACGACGUUUGGAUCUGUGGUACUGGACCCUCCCACUGAAUAUGAGAUUUCCUCGACACCCGUCAUCCUUCUGUCUCGCACCAAGCGAUAUGUGGCACAUCAUGGAUGAAUUGAGAUUUCGAUACUAUGCAACGAUAUUCCUCGUCAAUCGCCCUAUAUUGUACCAUGUGCUACAUGUGAGAUUUGAAAACGCCGUCAACUCCCCCAACAUGGACCCUCCUGCACCCAAUCCUAUUCAGGAUCCGUGGGUGUAUGAGUCUUGUCAUAAUUGCGUGCAGAAUGCGACCAUGAUCAUUCUUCUGCACUCAACAAGACAUCAAAGCCGCCGUCACGAAUAUUUUGAGAGUUGGUGCAAUCUUCAGCACCUUGUUGCCGCAUAUGCAACCAUUCUUCAGGUUCAAACAUCGUCGAUAUCGAUCCUCCUCCAAGGCUAUGGAGAUCCGGAUCAGUUACUCGACGCUGCCGAAGUAGUGCUUGAACAUGGCUUGAACAGGCCUGGCAACCUUCGCGAGUCGUUGGGUUUCCUCAGACACAUUCGACAAAGUUUGAAGAGGAACACACCACGCACUCCGUCGAUCGGCGAUGGUUAUGCUACUUCGCCAGUCUACUCUGUGGCGAGCCACCACAGCCAGCCCAGCCAUCAGAGCUAGUCCGUUCGUCGUCUCGACCUGGAUCAGAAGCACAUUGCCGGCUGAGAAUCUCCCGUAAAAGGACAUCACCAAUUCGGCGCUUUCGGGUCAUGAUGAGCGAGUCAAAUGACGUUUGCCUCCCCAGAAACACAAAACGAAAUCCCCAAGGGAGGAUGAGAAAACGCUCGUUGAUCUGGCCGAUUGAGACUCACGGGACUCCAUCAGGGAGCACUUCCCGAUCGUGCUGGGCCUGAAUGCCUGCGGCAGGUCAGCUCUGAUCCACCUCCGGUUCUGGAGAGACGUUACUUUCUGAGAUGGCACCACCCUGCUUUGCGAGUCUGGGUGCUAAACUCAGUUUGCCCAGUACCGCAAAGGAGGAUGCUCCGCCAGCGGCAGGGAUAUUGUUUGCAAGCUGGUGCUUGCACGCAAAUGCCAAGGUGGCAAACUUGAUGGCCUCUUUGAAUGGAGCAGGAAGCCCAAAUUCGUCGCUAGUGCGAAGUUCUACUCCAUGCAAUACUAGCCUCUCCUUCAGAUGCCUCAUGAGGGUGUCGUUCUUAGUGCCUCCUCCACUAGCAAUGACAGUCUUUACAGGUGCUUUCGGAAGGAUAAAGUCAACCACUGAUCGCUCAAUUGCCUUUGCCGUGAAGAGUGUGAGAGUCGACAGCAGAUCCUCAGUCGAUGCAUGCUUGUAAUCGUCCAGGAUUUUAUCCGCAUGCUGGCCCCCAAAGUCCAGGCGCCAUGCCGAACGGGGUGGCUUUCGGAGGAAGAAUUGAUGUCCCUCGAGCCGCUCCAGAAGCGUGGGAAUGACAUGACCUCUGGCUGCCAAUGCACCACCAGCAUCAUACGGUUUGUCUUCUCGAACUUUCAUCACAUGGUCAAUCAUCACAUUGCCCGGACCGGUGUCGAAGGCCAUCAUCUUAUGCCGGUCUGCGUCAGCAAGCUGAAGAUUGGCAAUUCCCCCGAUAUUCAGUGAAACAAUGGGCCCUUCGUUUCGGAACGAGCAAAAAUCGAGAUACUGCAUCAGCGGAGCCCCGGAGCCCCCUAGUGCAUGGUCAAUCGGCCGGAAUUGUGUGACGGUGGUGAUGUUCGUCAGGGCUGUGACAACACCCGACUCGACGAUGAAUAGGCCGCAUGCAAAUCCACCCUUUGUCCACCGAUCAACUAGGCUUUGGUUCCCGCUUGCGAUAUAUUGUCUUUCUUUUUCUCUGUCUGGAGGCUCUUGGUAGAUUGUUUGGCCGUCAUAGCCGACAACAUCGAUGUCUUCGGGCUUCAUGCCCACCUUGUCGAGCAAUUUGUUCGUUAUCUCGGCAUAUGCGGCACCAGCAGCAUAGUUGAGCCUGCACAGGUCAAAAAGCGGGAGCUCGUUGGAGAAAGCCCGCAGAACGUCAGGCUGCAACUCCUCUGGCCACGGCUCCGAGAUGCCAUCGAUAUACUUUGGACGGUUCGGGUGUCCAUCUGGUGCAGUAUCGAUGCUACACAGAACAGCAUCGAUUCCGUCGAAA